AUGGAGCCAGAAAUUGACCCAGCCUCCCUCUUCCGGCCGGGCAAGAGGCGGAAGUUCCAGCGACGCCGGCCAGAGGACAACGACGAGGAAUCGCCUUCUGCGACAGAAGAUGUUGCUCGUGUUUCAGAAUCAUCUACACCUCCGUCCUGGCAGGAUGCCCCAAGCUCUGUCCCCACAGCAGAGAUUCUUCGUUCGCGACGGCUUCAGCGAGCUCGAAAGGGUGGCAUCGAAUUCUCCGCCACCUCGCGGCCAUCGGCCGGUAAGAAUAGUCAAACGGCCAUUUCAACCGUGGCGGAGGAGGAUCAAGAAAAUGAAAGGUUGCGAGCAAUGUGCGAUCGAUUCACGGCCCAUACUGGCCAAACGGUUGAUGUUGACAAGCAUAUGAUGGAUUUUAUAGAGUCUGAAAUGGCUAAGCGAUACCGGCGUGACAAUUCGACCGAAGUUACGACGCAUGAUACACCUUCGGCGACUGAACCGAAAGCGGCUGCUCUGUCUUCUGCUGACCUUCCCCAACGCGAGCCGGCGUCUCUUGGGAAACUGCACGAAAUUGAUCUUGGUCACGAGACAACGUUGCAGAAUAUUGCCCGUACAGAGGCAGCGACGAAGAGACUCGCCGGGGAUGGCGAUCAAAGCUCUCCCACCGAGCAGAGCUCCGGGCCCAAGAUGGCCCCGGUAAAUGGGGACCAGAAGACGUGGCGCAAUCGGAAACGACGGACGAGUGAAGACAUUGAACGAGAUCGACUGGUGGAGGAAGUAUUACGGGAAAGUAAAUUGGAUGUCUACGAGGGGCCAGAAGAGGAAGGUGACGAAGCAGUGGGUGAGGAUGGGCAAGCGGCCGAUGAUAGGGUGGCAGAGCAGUUCAGAAGGGACUUUCUCGAUGCCAUUCAAUCCCGGCGUCGUGUUGCGCGAGCAAGGAAUACGAAGACAACCAAGCCCGAGGCUCCGCGCGGGCCCAAAUUGGGAGGCAGUAGAAGUGCCAGAGCAGCGAUGCGGGAGAUGCAAGAGAAGUCUACCCGUAAAUGA